AUGAUUGAUCAAUUCGUCAAUUUCAUUAUUCGGCCUCCCAGGGCUCAGUAUAAUCCAGAUCAGUACCUAUGGGAAAAGGAAUUCAUCAUUGCAGGAAAAAAAUACCAAAGGAAGGAUUUGGAGCUCAAGAAUGCUAGAGGAUAUACUUUGCAGUGUAGUCAUUAUCUCCCUUUGUCUGUUCCAGAAGAUAUUUCUCUUCCUUGUGUUGUAUAUUGCCAUGGAAAUAGUGGAUGUAGGGCAGAUGCCAAUGAAGCUGCUGUGACACUUCUUCCAUCAAAUAUUACCGUUUUCACGCUUGACUUCUCGGGAUCAGGCUUAUCGGAUGGUGACCAUGUUAGCCUUGGUUGGCAUGAAAAAGAAGACCUCAAGAUGGUGGUGUCGUAUUUAAGAGAGAACAAACAAGUAUCUCGUAUAGGUCUCUGGGGACGAUCAAUGGGUGCUGUCACUUGCCUUCUUUAUGGAGCUGAAGACCCUUCUAUUGCUGGAAUGGUGUUGGAUAGCGCCUUUUCAAACUUAUAUGGCUUGAUGAUGGAGCUUGUUGAUGUCUAUAAAAUUCGACUUCCGAAGUUCACCCUUAAAAUGGUUGUACAAUACAUACGGCGGGUUAUUGAGAAGAAAGCAAAGUUUGAUAUUAUGAACCUCAACUGUUUGCAGGCAGCACCGAAGAUAUCCUUUCCUGUUUUAUUUGGACAUGCUAACGACGACGAUUUUAUUCAGCCUCACCAUUCUGAUCUCAUCUCUGAAUCCUAUGCGGGAGAUAAAAAUACCAUAAAAUUUGAGGGUGAUCACAACUCUACUCGACCACAAAUCUUCUACGAUUCAGUUUGUAUUUUUUUCUACAAUGUCCUCCGCCCUCCUCACAUUCCUAAAUCCCGUAGAUUUGAGACAUAUUACAGUAUGAGGGAUACAAGAGUUGACUCUACUGUGGAUGAGGACGUAUUAUAUGAUAUAAUCUCUAGUUUACGGUCUUCGACUAUUGAUUCUGCUAGUUCAUCUUCUACUUCUACAACCAUUUCAAAUUCGAUCCUGUCCUCAGAGUCUGUGAUUAGAGAAGAAACAACACAUGGCUGUGGUGAACCUGUAGAUUCAAAGGAUGAGCAAAAUUCUCCAACUGAAGAUUAUUUCUCAUCUUGUGGCUCAACAAGAGAAAGCUUGGGUGCUGAUAAUGAUUUUGAGGUAUUUGCAACACCUUUGGGAAGUAUGAGAGAGACAUUGGAAGAACAAAAAGAAGGCGAAAAGAAUCAAAAGAAGAAGAAAACCGAAACAGACGGAAAGAAGCUGAAACCAGACAGGUUAGAGAAGUUGGAGUCCUUUAGUCGACGCCUGCGGCUCUGCAUUUUGAAGGGAUCUGCCCAUCGAAGACACAGAUCCUCUUGA